GCGUUCACGAGACCCUCCUGUGCGCGUCCUCGUGAAUCAGGAAAUAUGGCGGCGCUCACGCCACUCAGUCAGCUGUUAAGUGGAAACCCUGCAUAUGAGAGCCUCUACAGACAGGUGGAUCCAGCAAACACUGGGAGAGUUGGAGCUGCAGAAGCUGCUCAGUUCUUAAAGAAAUCCGGGCUUUCAGACAGCACACUGGGUCAGAUCUGGGAUCUGUCCGAUCCAGACAGAAAAGGUUACUUGGAUAAAAAGGGCUUCUUCACUGCUCUGAGGCUGGUGGCGUCUGCUCAAGGAGGAAGUGAUGUCAGUCUGAACAGUUUAAGCCAGAACAUCUCCGCACCCAUGCCUAAAUUUAGAGAUGCUGGCAGUCCGUCGCUGAAUAUAACUGGCUCUUCUGCUGAUUCCAGCUGGACAGUGAAGCCGGAAGAUAAAGCAAAGUAUGACGGGAUAUUUGAGAGUCUGUCUCCGAUCGGUGGGCUGCUGUCAGGUGAUAAAGUGAAACUAGUCCUCAUGAACUCAAACCUGCCUCUGGAUGUGCUUGGAAAGAUUUGGGAUCUCAGUGACAUUGACAAAGAUGGAAGCUUGGAUAAAGAUGAGUUUUCAGUGGCGAUGCACCUGGUUUACGCUGCCAGGGAGAAGGAGCCUGUGCCAUCCAGCCUCCCGACAUCUCUCAUCCCUCCUUCCAAGCGUAAGAAGAUAGCAGGCGCUCUUCCGGGAUCCGUUCCUGUUCUUCCCUCUAGUCCAUUCCUCCUCAAGGAGAACCUACGGCCCACGCCGGCGCUUUCCAAGAGUCCUCUGGGCAGCAGCACAAAUCUAUCUCCAUCAAAUUCCUUCAAUCGCUCCACCCCGACUCCACCACAAACGCAAACACAGGCGUCGUCUGACCACUGGGUGGUGCCGGCGGAUGACAGAGAGCAGUACGAGGAGAUCUUUGAACUGGCUGACUCCGAUUUCGAUGGGAUGGUUGGAGGAGGUGAAGUGAAGGACAUUUUCAUGAACUCCCGGCUGCCGCAGAGCGUCCUGGCACACAUAUGGUCGCUGGCAGACACCAAGGGCACCGGCAAACUCACCAAAGAGCAGUUCUGUCUGGCGAUGCAUUUGAUUCAGGAGAGGGUUAAAGGAGUGGAGCCUCCGAAGAGUCUGACGCCUGAAAUGAUCCCACCAUCAGAGAGAGGAGCUGCUAACACUCCUAUUCUCUCUGCAUACACACCGUCAGUGGGAUCUGAAUUGACACCAUUGACUCCACUUACCAAUUUUAGCAGGGACAGCAGCAGCAGUUCUGUUGGAAAGGUUGAGCUGUUGGGAAUCAAGGAUCUGGAUGACAUCAGCCAGGAGAUCUCACAGCUGCAGAGUGAGAAACGCGUGUUAGAGACUGAAAUCAGGCAGAAAGAGGAAGUCCUGCGACAGAGGAACAGCGAAAUCCAGGAGGAGCAGAGAGGUCUGGAGAGAGAGAAUGUGGAUCUGCAGGAACUGGAACAUCAGAAACGAGACGCUCAGGAUCGACUGAAUGAGAUGGAGAUGCAGAGAGUCAAACUGCAGAGCUCACUGGACGAGACCAAGAGCAAGUGGCAGGAGGAGAACGCCAAGUGAAACUGCUCAAGACAUCACAGGACGAGAUGGACCAGACCCGAAGUGAGCUGAGUCUGAUCCAGGAGAGCCAGCGGGAGCUCAAUAAGAGCAUCGAGCGCUACAGUAAGGCUCUGACUGAAAACAUGAGUCUGACGGACCUGGAGCAGAUCAUUGCUGAGGAGGAGAACAACAGCAGCAGCAGCAGCAGCAUUAGCAGCAGCACUGAAGCCAGGGAGGAUUCAUUGGUUAAAUCCAGGAUGGCCAUGUUUAACAGUGGUGGCUCUAAAGCACUCGGUUCAGACCCUUUCCAGAGCGAAGACCCCUUCAAAAGCGACCUCUUCAGUAAAGCUGAUCCUUUUGGAGGAGAUCCCUUCAAGCAGAACGACCCAUUUAAAGACCCCUUUGCUAAUUCUGAUCCCUUCGGAGAAAGUUCAUCAAGUCAACUCAAGGCCAGUCCUUUCACCAGACGAAUCAGCCAGACGUCAAUGAGUCCAAAACCCAAAGACUCGGAUCCGUUUGCUGCGUCAGACCCGUUCAGUGGCGACGCUUUUGGAGGGAAAGGAGGCUUCGCUGAUUUUUCUCAAAUGUCAAAGAGUUCAGAGUCGAUAAACCGAAGGCCGACGUACCCGUUGCCUCCUCCAAAAAAACCGGGACCACAGAGACCAGCGCCGCCGCCGUACGUUUCAGGGAAGAAUACGUCCGUCACGAAUAGUGGUUCAGUGGUUCAUAAUCAAGGGUUUGGUGCUGCGACACACACAGAACGAGGGUCUUCAGGGUUACGGUCUGCUGUAAACCCAUCCACAGAAUUUAGAGCUUUCGGAAGUGAGGCGCAGCAGCUGGAAUGGGCCAAGCGGGAGAGUCAGCGGGAGGAGGCAGAGCGAAUCCGGAGACUCCGCCUACAAGAAGAGCAGGAUCUGGAACUGGCCCUUGCGCUCAGUCGAGCUCAGAUGCCCAGAACAUGAUCUGGAUUCAGUUUUUCAAUUUUUACCCACGAUUACAUCUCAGGUUUGCCGAUUACUGUCACACUACAAACGCUGAAGUCACCCGGAAGCAAUGAAGUGCUCGAGAACUGUAUAAAUGUAAAAACUUAAGGGGAUUGUUCACUGAAAAAUGGUUUAAUUGUGUCAUUAUUCACUUGCUCUUCACUUGUUUCAAACCUUUAUUAGUUUGUCUUCUGUUGAAUACAAAAGAAGAUAUUUUGAAGAAUGCUGGAAACCUGUAACUAUUGAGUUCCACAGCAGGAAAAACAUGCUAUGGAAGUCGAUGGUUACAGGUUUUCCAGCUUUCUUCAAAGUGUCUUCUUUUGUGUUCAACAGAAACAUAAAAACUCAUAAAUGCUUUAAAACACUUGAGGGAGAGCAAAUGAGUUAAAUUCAUGACUUUGUGUUUUUUAUUUUGUUAAACUAAAAAGUAGAUAUUUUGAAGAAUGUUGGAAACCUGUAACCAUUGACUUUCAUUGUAGGACGAAAUAAAUAGUGUGGAUGUCAGUGGUUAAAGGUUUUCCAGCAUUCUUCUAAAUAUUUUCUUUGAGUUUUAGUUUCUGUUUAUUGUUGAUCACAAGCAGAUAUUUUGAAGAAUGCUGGAAACCUGUAACCAUUGAGUUACAUAGUAGGAAAAACAAAUACUAUGGAAGUCAGUGGCUACAGGUGUUUCCGCAUUCUUCAAAAUAUCUUUUUACGCUUAAAAACACUUGAUAGAGAGUGAGUAAAAAGUAUUUUUUUUCCUAACCUAUAUGAGUUUCUUUAUUCUGUUGAACACAAAAGAAGAUAUUUUGAAGAAUGCUGAGACCUUUAACCAAUAACUUUCAUUGUAGAAAAAACAAAUACUCUGGAAGUCAUUGGUUACAGGUUUUCCAGCAUUCUUCAAAUUGUCUUUUUUUGUGUUCAACACUUGUUGGGAGAGAGAAAAAAAAGAGUAAAAAUUCAUGACUUUCUUUAUCCUGUUAAACACAAAAGAAAAUAUUUUGAAAAAUGCUGGAAACCUGCUACCAUUUAGUUUCAUAGUAAGAAAUACAAAUACUAUGGAUGUCAAUGGUUACAUGUUUCCAGCAUUCUUUAAAACAUUUUCUUCGAGUUUCUUUC